UUCUGGUUCUCUGACGCCUGUCUUGAUUAUUUCCUACUGAAGUUUUGGGCACAUAAUCUUUGGCUCCUUCUCCCUCUCUUCCUGGUUCGAGUUUGCGUCAGCCCGUCAGAUAUGGGCGACCAUGAGGGCGAAUGGACACUUUCAAUGGCUGCGAAGCCUAUACUUUGGUCCUUCGUCUGGGCAUUCACCUGCCUCGUCGUCGUUUCUUUCCCCGAAUCAAUCAGCAGGCGGACGGGCGUGAUGAUGGUCUUCGCUGCCGGGUAUGGUGCAUGGCAAACUGCAACAGACCUAUCUCCUGACAUGAUUUUCAACGAAAUCUACGUGCGCUAUAUCUUGAUCUGUGCGUCACAUAUUCUCGCGAUGGUGUACAAGAAUCCCGGCACAAAGGCCAUACCAAACUCUCUUGAACCGACUUGUGUACAGCCGACAUGGAAUCCUCUCUACAGAGGAUGGAAAACUGUGUUCAAUGCCCGAGGCAUCGGGACGCAAUGGGAAGCGCCCUACCUCUGGCCCGGCAUCAAGCACACGUCGAUGGCGCGGAAGCCGACCUCAGCCCCAGAUCCCAGAAACUCCAGUCCUAGACUCCUUAGCGCACCUCACAACCUCACGGCGCGAAGCAAGUGGGCUGGAAUCGGUGUUCGCUGUGGCUAUCUACUGCUGAACUUCCUGGCCCUUUGUCUCUACUAUGAGUUCAUGGAGCCGCAGCGUCUUUUCACUGUUCCGCCGAGGCCUAGCGACUGGACGCGCGACAAGGAGGGCAUUGUGCGACGCCUGAUCCAGACUACCAUGGGCAACACACCUGCAACGCCGGUCACCAGCCGCGAGUUCCAUAUUCGCGCCGUCUUCGCCAUCGACAAGGUGGCACACGAUUUUCUGCUGCUUUCUUUGUAUCACGAUGCCUUUGCAAUCUUCUGGCUGUCCAUCGGUCUGGACGAGUCAUGGGAAUGGCCUCCUUUAUAUGGUCGGAUUUCCGAUGCAUACACCGUCCGACGCUUCUGGUCUCUGUAUUGGCACCGCCUGUUUUACAAAUCGGCUAGUAGCCACGCUGCACUCGUUCUGAGAUUCUUUCGAGUCGGAAGCCGGACGCCGUUCUCGAGGAUCCUGGUGUCGUUUCUGGUGUUCGGGCUGAGCGCGGUCAUGCAUGCUAUGGUGGACACGAGGCUUGGACGGACUUGUGCUUGGGGGAGAAAUUUGUGGUACUGGCUUUUGCAGCCUGCUGCGUUUGUUAUGGAAGGACUGGUGCAAUUUGUGUGGGUGAAGAGUAGAUGCCGGCAUCUAGCAUCUCGAUAUCUCUCUGUACGGAUCUUGGAGAUACUCGAGAGGCUUACGGGGUAUGCGUGGGUGUGCGCGUGGCUGUUAUGGGAAGGGCCGAAGCGUUCAUUUCCAAUGGCUACAUGUCAACGUCGUAUGCAUUGAUUUGGUGUAGCCAUGCCUAUGGUACAUCUCUGCUACAGGUGCGGGCGAAGCUUUCAGUUCGGAAGUACCACAUCAGGAUCUGUGUUUCUCUGAGACAAUGCCUUGGUCUACAUGUCGAAUGCAUGCUCCGGUGAUCGUUGUGC